CAAGACUAGAAUCGCCAGGUACAAGCUUAGAGGAAGAAAGGGCGGAAGAGCUCCCUGCCUCCUGUCAGGCGGUAAAAGGAGACCAUAACAAGGAUGGCUGAUCCUCUGGGCAGUGUGACAAAGGCUCUCGACAUUGUGUUCAAGAUCAAAGAGGCGGUGGAUACCGUUAAACAAAACGAAAAGGAUUGUGAACAGAUCAAGAAGCGCGUGGAGAGGGUCCAACACACGCUCUCGCUGUUCCAAAAGGAUGCUGAUCUGAUGAACUCCGCGGGGAGCCGCACUGCACUGGAGGCGCUGCGUGAGGUCCUCGCCGAGGCCCUCGAGCUCGUCACAGGCUGCAAGGAAGAGACUAAUAUGUGUUGUCUCCUCAUAGAGGCCGGGGAGGUAUCCAAGAAGCUCAACAAGGCGGACCAGACUAUAUCUAAUAUAAACUCUGAGGUGUCUCUUGCCAUCAUGGUCUGCAUUGCGCCGCACACCACCAAGCCGCUAAAACUCUACCAAGUACCGGAUGGACAUGGUCGUUCUCUCCAAUUGGACAAACAAACACGGAGCGUGCCACCAACUAUUUCUGAAAUUUCUGUCGAGAUCAAGGUAGCGGUGGAAAAGGUCCAGAGGAACAAGGCGGAGUGCAUUGAAAUUGAUAAACGUGUGAACGGAGUCAAUGCCCUCCUUUCACAGUUUGGAAAUACAGAACUCAUGAAGGACCCAUCCAUGAGUGCCUCAGUAGAGAAGCUCCAUAUGACCUUUUGCAUUGCUCGCACACUCGUCAUGGACUGUCAAAAAAGAAAUAUUCUUUUCAUUCGGUCUGGCUGGGAGUUGUCCAAGCAGCUACGUGAGGUGCUUGAUCAAAUUGAUCUUGCCUUGGAUGAUAUGAUCACCAUUAGUGCGAACUAUGCGUGUACGAUGUGAAAGUCAUGUGUGCUCCAUCUCAACCUCCCAAGUGCAGAUUUGAAGCAAAUGACCAGGGCAAAAAGAUGGUGGCUAAAAUGUUUAUGAGCCAUGGAAUACAAUAACAGUGCAAUUUAUCUGUAUCCAGUUAGAUAGUUGAUGGGUUGUAUUUCACAUCUCGAUGAAUUUCUGCUUUGGCAACAUAAGUUCUUCGUGAAACUCAUAACUAGGUAUCCAUGAUUUUUAUCUAUGAAGAACAAAAAAUCCAGAAACAAUAUGUGUGGUUUAUGUUCCCUCCAUGUAUUAUGGGUGGUUGCGUAUAUGAGAAUAAAAGGGCUGCUUUUACAUGUUGAUAUACUAGUUUAGUGCCCGUCCGUUGC